UGCACUCUAGUCUUGAAUUGGAUAUGUUUUUUAGAAGAAGCUACUUUUUCAUCAUUAUCGAUAAGACCAUCAGCCAAAGCCCUUCGCGAUGCCGUUAACAUCGGUUUGAACUAGGGAACUAAGUAUAAGGGUUUUGGGCCACACACCCUGACCCAAUUUUUCUCGGAGUACCCCCCGGGUCUAAUUUGCACGAUAUCGCGCCUGCCAACACCCAUCCCGUCACCACUGAGGACUGAUGCUGAUUGAAGCUAACAAAAGAAUCAAAGCAAACAAUUACAUGGCGAAAAUCGCAAUCACUUCCCGUUUUAGGCUUUGUUAUCUUUGUAUUUUGGGUUUUAUUUUAGUUAUAGUUUGGUGACUUUGGUCCUUUCUAGACAAGUAUCGAAUUCACUCUACCUGAGAUUUUCUAAUUUCUACAGAUUAUUUGUUACCGCCUUCAUUUGAUUUCAAAUUGUUCACGACUUUCAGUUGAAGAACUUGGCGACUUUUUUCUCUGUUUAACAUCAGAAACGAGGGACGUCAUCAAAUUAAUCCCACUACAACAGGAAGAGCUCAAUUUCUUCCUCUCUCGCGGCCGGGUGAUAUAGAUUCGCGGGGUACUAUUUGAUAUUUGAUCCGGGCAAAAGAACUAAAACCACAAUGAAAGUACAAUGUGCUGCUGUUAAGAGCGAUAAAAUGAUCUCACGGGAAAACCUUGAACUCAACGAGAACUAAAUAAGUUUCCUAAGUUCGCCAAAAUAGUUUUUCUAACUCAGGCGUAAAUUUAAAUCUGCCACGUACAAGAACGGAAAUACGUACAGUCUUGUUGCUUUGGAAUGUCAGAGUCAACAAUCUUUAAUCUUGAGAGUAUUUGGGUUUCACUCACUCAAAAAACCCAUCUGAGCAGAGCUAUUUUAAACCAACAACACGCCAGAUUGUGACGUUCGUAACUUAACUCUACAGCUAAUAUUUUCGAUACCUUUUCAAGUGAUACUAAACAUUUCAUCCCGAAUUCCCACGCAGUAUCAAACCAAGAGCGACGCGAUCAUCAAACAAAAACACCAUUACGACACGAAAUUCCGCCUCUUCCGAGCGUAAACGACACAAAUGUCCACUCUAUGGCAGCCCGUGAGGCAGUCGCGUUUACCGUAAUAAACAUCUUGUUGAUUUCGUUCUUAUCUGUAAACUUGAGGGCGUUAUUGACGCCAAUCAAACAGCUCUCCGACAUCAUUGUUGACCCGAAGGAGUUUCGUGUUGCGGAAUUCCGCCGAAACGAUUGGCCAAGUACUGUUUGAAUGCUCUUUGUAUUAGCCAAACCAGUAAGAUGAUACAAACAUCUGUCAAAUACUGCGAAGAAAACCCGAUUUCUCUAUGACGACGGUCUCCUGUGGUUGAGGAAAAGUGAUACUCGUGUUUCCAAAUCAAAGGGAAUGCAUUUAGGGAAUUUAUAUUCCGUCUUGAUUUUUCGUGACCCUUAAAAUUUUGCCGCGCGCAAAGAGCGGUCACUGUUCCGAUUUCACUGUCUCUGCUAAAAGAAUCACAAAAUUAUUUUUUCAGUGCGAUCUCCGCUCCACACUGUGUUGUUAUUCAUUUGCCCGCCAAGUAUUCAUAACAGCAGUCUGUAUUUCGAGGAUGUUUGAACUCUACAAUCGACAAUUACUAUGUAGGACUUGAUUGGAUGUGGUUGUACAACUGCCAAGGUUGUGGAGAGCUGUGGUACAGUGUAUUCACGGAAGAAACCCAUUGAAACACUUGGGGAUAAUACGAACUGGAUUUCAUGCGUUUUGCUACGUGAUAAAAAGUUCAUCUUUGGGCAGAUUGCCGUGAUCCGCAUCGUGACCCAUUCUAUAGCAGGACAUACAGCGGAAACGCAACUACCACAGUCGCGUCCUAAACAAAACCCGAUUAAAUCGACCAAGGUCAAAGAACUUUUUGUGUUGUAAAAGCAGCGUAUCUUCAGGAAGCUGUUUGGACUGUUAGUGAAGAGGCAUGGAUGAGUCCAAACCGGAGAUAAAUUCCGUGAAUCGCGCUCAUGAUCGGGAAACCCAAACAAACUUUGAUGUGAGCCACAGGGAGCCAUCGAAUAAUAGGACGGCUUCUUUAGAGAGCAGACGGCCACAUGGUUAUGCAUACAGCCAUAGACAUGGACCAUCAUGGGGUACAAACCACUCCUAUCGUUCAUCACCAUAUCCUGAAUACUACCCUUAUGAACUUCACUACCCACCUCCUCACAUUCCACCACCUUCCAUGCCAGCCCAGCAUCACACCAACCACUAUUAUCCUGGUCGGACACCACAUUGGCAUAAUCCUCAAAGCCCUGUUCUACCACCACAUUUAUCCCCAGUAUCUCAUUCCCAUUCUCCAUACCCUCACUAUCAAUAUCACCACCCGGACGGAUUUUAUUCACGUCCACCACCAAUACCUGGAGUGGUCCCUCCAAUGCCCAUUUCUCGCGAGAGAAGGCACACAGACUCAGAAAUUGCCCGUCCCAAAGCAGAAUGGCCACCUGGAUAUCAGCCCUUUGUUAAACCUCUCAUACCAUCAAACUACUUGGCAUCUCUGCACAGAAAUGCAGGAUCUGAUUAUGGAGAACCACCAUCAACCGCAACAUCACUGAGGUCAACAGUUAUAGAUCUUCCACAUUCCAACUUUCCAAGCCCAAGACUGUCAGCAAGAAUGAGUCGAAAGCGUGCGCUUUCUAAUACCCCAUCAUCUGUUGAGUCGAUUGACUUGAACGCACUGAUAAGGGGUUCACCAGAUUCCUUGUCAGGGUACCUUGGACCAACCAGAGUGUCUUCAGCAGGGUCCUUUGGACAUUUGAGCCCCAUUGGAUUUUGCACCUCUCCUGGUUCACGCCAGGCAUCUCGCUAUCCCACUGUCAGAAAUGUGUUCAUUACCCCUCCGCCCAUUGCCCCUCCCCGAUUACCAACACCAGCUUCCAUGAGAGAUGCAGUUCCAAGUUCGACGACUGGUGCUGAUGGGACAAAGGAAGAAGCACCAGAGAGCAUGAGUUGUGCUGAAUCGCCUAAAGUGUCAAGCAUUAAAGAGUCAGAAACUGCCAACUGCAAAGAGGAAAGAAUGGACAUUUGCCCCCUUGACUCCACAACCUCACCUGGAACUUCAGAAAUAAAGCAGGAAGGUUCAGAUAAUGAAGGUGAGGAGAAUCAAGCUGAGCAAGAUCAAGAGCAUGAUAUGACAUGUCACUGGAAAGAAUGUCAAAUGCAGUGUGAAUCACAAGAUGAUCUUGUCAAGCAUGUCAACAGUGAUCACAUCAAAAAAGAUCGCAAGGACUUCACUUGUUACUGGGAUGGCUGCACUAGAGAGAAGAAGCCCUUUAAGGCUCAAUAUAUGUUGGUUGUACACAUGCGCCGUCAUACUGGAGAGAAGCCCCAUAAAUGUACUUAUGAUGGAUGUACCAAGGCUUACUCCAGACUUGAGAACCUCAAGACCCAUCUCAGGUCACAUACUGGAGAGCGACCAUAUGUAUGCGAGGUGGAAGGGUGUAAUAAAGCCUUCUCUAAUGCAUCAGACAGAGCAAAACACCAAAACAGGACACACUCCUCAGUGAAACCUUAUGUCUGUAAAGUGCCUGGCUGCCCAAAAAGGUAUACAGAUCCUAGCUCACUGAGAAAGCACACCAAAACAGUUCAUGGGGAACAAGGAAUCAAGAGGCUGAAAGCAGAAGGAGGCAGAGAGAAACCGCCAUCAAACCCAGAUAAAAACGAAAGCGCAGCUCCUGAGAAAGGCCAAGGAAACCAAAUGUCUUCCAGUACCUCACAAGCUGCAGAGCCAGCAGGCAACCAUGUUGCAGAACCUUUAUCACCAGGAAUGGAGGGAUCAAGCAGUGCUAGCAGUGUGGUCCAAGGUGGAAGUUGUUCUCAAACAUUUGUAGGUAGCAGUUUUGAGGGCGAUGCAGUUUCUUCAAGCUGUGACAGGACCCCAGGUGUGCUUAAUAUUCCAUCCAGCCAAGACAGUCCAAGAAGUGUGGGACAGUCCACAUUGGGCAUAUCUCCAAGGAGUCCCCAAUUUGUAAGCCAUCUUCCAGAUAUUUUGGAAGGAGACUGGGAGCCUGCAGAAAAUGGUGCUGUGACGGUAGCACAAUCUGUUGAAGCCAGACCUCAAUCCCAGAGCUUCAACCUUCCAAAGAUUGAUGUCCACAAGAGAGAUGUAGAAGAUUGGGUGAAUGAUGUUUCCAGGCGAAUGAGCCAAACAUCACGCAGAUCAAGUGAAGGCAGCCAUUUAUCUGUGGACCUUGCUGGUAACGCAAGUAGAAGAUCUAGCCAAGAAAGUGGUUGGUCUUCUUAUGGAAGUCGUCGAUCCAGUCAGGCUAGCCCCUUUCCAACCACAAAUAUUCAACCUCAAGAGGUUAUACCCCAUUUCCCCAAUGGCUACAGUGUUCCUCCAAUACCAAAAGGGAUGACCCCUCCACAUCGUAGACCACAUUUACACCCACUUGAUGGAAAUGAUGAUACUCUCCGUCGUACCAGUGAGACAAGCACUUGCAGCAACCAGAGUGCACCUCACAACAGAUUGAGCCGUAAUAGCAGCGGUUAUGGAAGUCAGUCAAACUUGGCAGUCAUACGAAGCCCCAUGUUCCACAAGAUCCCACCUUCAUCACACUUGCUACCUCAGAGAAUUACCAGUACAUGUGCCGAUGCCACUAACAGAAGGAAAAGUGACACAGUAAUUUGUGAGGCAGAUAGUUCUGGAAACUACCUUCCAAAAAAUGGCAAGGGUGAGCAGCGUCGUAGUAGUGAACCCAUCAGACAAGCAAGAGUACCUGUUGCUAGGCUUGAGCCCCAAAGUGUGCCAGUUAAUAGACAAGCAACAUCUAUGGCAAAUGUGAAUGAAACAGAACUGAUUUGUGGUGAGUUAGAUCCAAAAGAGUUUGAUGCAUACUUAAAUCCACAAGAGGAAAAGAAUCUCGAGUCAACUCCCCGUAUGCACCCUCCACCUGGGAGUCAAGACAUGAGGCAAACACGAAGAUUGUGUCACUAUCCAUAUCCUGAGGAAGAGCAGACAGCUCAGCAGUCGCAGCAUGAACAGCAACCUAGUUUACAGACUGUGCAUCACCGACCUCAAUCACUCUUCCCAUCACCACCCAACCCUACAAUCCAACAAGAUCCACAGUCUUGUGACUUGAGAAAGCCUCAAGAAGGGAACUGGCCUCCACCAAGGUACAGAACUGGUCAGCAAUUUAGUACAACUGAAGUCUAUAAUGGUUUCUACCCACCAUCAGAAAAUGUAACUUACGAUACUGCAAUGCAGACCUCUAGCCAGAGGAGCCAGUUUGACAUGGGAAAUUAUGAGGAUCUGAUGGUGUCAGGUAUUGGUUCACUAUCCACUGAAAAUGGUGGUGUAUCAGACUUUGUUGGGAAUGGCAACAUGGUUGUUAACGACAUGAACACUCUGUUGAAUUCUCUUCGUGAAGAAGAAAGAUACCUUGAGAUGUGUCAAAAUUCAAGAGGUCAAGCAGCUGGAAGUGCUAUGUCCAUCUUUUAAAUCCAGUCUUCUGGUUUUUCAGUCGAUGACCUAUACUCAGCUAGAAACAAAUUUAUGUAGAGGUGGGUAGGUAGAGUAGAAUGAUUUGCCAAUCUACCAAAACAAUUACCAGAAUCAUCUGGUGCAUCUUCUCAUGAAUUGGAGUGUAACUUAACUAGGGGCACACAUUAUCAAAGACCUUGGGCAAGCAGUACAUGUUGGUAUGCUACUAUUGAAUAAUAAUUACAGGAGCAAUGUCACAAUUAAUUUUAUACAAUUGUUUCCCUGACAUAUCUAUGUCAAUGAAGAUGAUUGUGACAGUUUAUGAACGACAAACAAUCUGUGCUCAUUGUUUCAGAAUAACUCUUUUUGCUGAAUUCUAGUGCAGAGUCCUUCAAAUCAUCCAGCCAGCAUGACACUAUCAUCAUGGUCCAAUUAAUAUUGAUUAAUUUUUUUAGCAAUAUCACAUAAUUAUUAAUUACAGGAUUGUAAUAUUGUAGUGAAAUUAGUACACCGCAUGAGGGUGCCAUCCACUUGGGAGCCUCUAAGAAGGAGAGAGAAUAAUAAUAAUGAUAAUGAUAAUAAUGAGGACAUGAGAAUAACAAUAAUGACAAUGAUAAGAAUGAGAAUCAAGAAUGCUUUAUUAAUGUAGAUGACUUUGGAUAUACAGUUGAACUUCACUAUCUCAGACUUGGGUAUCUUGAAUUAUCCCCUAAAAUUCAAAUCAUUCUCUCUUAACUUGCAUAUACCUUUUCAGUAAUUUAUUAUUGGCUGUCCCAAACCACCCACCAUCUUAAACUGUUUUUUCCUUAGGGAGUUUGAGAUUUGGGGGUUCAACUGCACAACUUAAUCAGGCAUGGUAAUCAUAACUGGGAAAAAAAAUCACUUUUUAUCAAAAAUAACAAUUUACCAUGAAAAAGUUACUCCUGACCAUUUUUGUUUUGGUUACCGCUAAAUAAAUCUUGCAGUUAAUAUAGAAUAAUAUUUUGUUUUUCAAAGAACACAUUUGAAAUCACCCAGAGUCAAUCACAGGCUAGCACUAGCUACCAAAACAGGUAACAAAACUUGUUUUUGACGUAAGGUAAUUCAACUGCCUUGAAAGACUUGUUAUUAACAGCAAAUAAACCUUCAGGUAGAGCAAGUAUGCCUGUGCUGUCGGUGUUAAAUAUUUACCACAAUUUUAUCAGCAUGCAAAUGUAAAGAAGUCCCGAAGAUGCCACUGAACAAUUCGUAUUAGAUAUUUUAUAGUGUAUAACAGACAUGCAACAAGAACAUGUUACUAUGGCUUUUAGUAAUACGCUAACGCUGCUCUAGCUAUCAACCUUACCUUACCUAACCGUUUUGUGUUUUACUGCUGCCAGUCAUGUUAACAGAGCACUCAGGAAGCAAAAAUUUACUUCAACCAGUUCAAAUGGUCACAUCUGCAGGUUUUGAUUGGUAAAUUUCAAUACAUGUUGUUUCCUUUUUUUCAAAGUUCACCGGUUGCCAUCAAAAUCAUGAUUGGCAGCAGCCAAAAACACAAUCAUUAAUUAGGUUUUGUACUUUAGAGUUUGUGUGAAAGGCGCAAUAGUAAGCAUUGCGGUACGUAUUAUUUUAUUUUUAUACAUGUAAAACACAAUGUUUUGUUUCCCACUUUUUUCAGUGUGUUAAUUUGUGCAAUACCGUAUCCUCUUUCCCCCAGCCCUAGCUCUCAAUAAAAUUCCAAUAUGCCUUUCUUACCCUUGGGUGGGGUUCA